GGGAGCAUUAAAAACAUUGUGGGACAGCACCGAGUUUGUCUCAACCUUUCAUCUGGUAAUCAAAGAUCUGGAAAGCAAAGGACUCACCUCGUGGCACCGUGAACACUGGUCCUUUAGAUUAUCGGAACUCCAGAAAUAAGCAUUGAUUUUGAGUCAGCCGUUGUGAAAGUGGAGCUUUAUCAGCCCGGAUCAGAACCCGCUCCAUUCCUCUGUAAGUGACCCCCGCGCGGCCUCAGCCUCUGGGCCAUGGUACAUGCGAGUGCAGCGGCUGCAAUAUGAGCGUGACUCCAUUCACCAACCUGGAGAGCCAACUGACUUCUUCCUGGAGCCCCAGCAACUCUUACCCUGAUGUUCCCAUGUUGACGUCUGGUUACUCGAAUCGCCUGUGGCCUCGCGACCCCCAGCCUCAGCUCUGGAGCAAGUUCCAGGUGUGGGAGUGGCUGCAGCAGGUCAUGGACAUCAACCAGAUCGACGCCUCCAGCGUCCCCUUCCAGAACUUCGACAUGGACGGCCAUCAGCUGUGCGGCCUGAGCUACCAGGACUUCAUCCACGCGGCGGGCAGCGUGGGACCCAUCCUCUUCCACAACAUCACGGAGCUCAAGUGGAGCGGCCAGUACCAUGUGGAAUUAGGCCAACUGGAACUCAAACCAGAAUUAGACUUCUCCUGCUCAUUUCCGGACGUCAGCUAUCCGCCUGCAGACUUAGACGUGUACAGUCCCUCCAUUCCCCCCAUUGCCCUUGUUGCGUCACCCACCCCUUUCAGCCCUGGUGAGGAAUCCACAACAUGUACAAUACAGCAAGAUAUCAAACGGUCGGAUGUUAAAAGUCGUCAGGUCAAAAGACACAACCCCAGGGGGAUCCACUUGUGGGAGUUCAUCAGGGACAUUCUGCUGGAGCCGGAACGCAACCCGGGCCUGAUCAAAUGGGAGGAUCGGACCGAUGGAGUUUUCCGCUUCCUCAAGUCCGACGCAGUGGCACAGUUGUGGGGCAAGAAGAAGAACAACAUCAGCAUGACCUACGAGAAACUGAGCCGGGCAAUGAGAUAUUACUACAAAAGAGAGAUCCUGGAGCGAGUAGACGGACGCAGGCUCGUUUACAAGUUUGGACGGAAUGCGAGAGGAUGGAGGGAGUCAGAGAUGUGACACUUUUUUAUUUUUUUGAUGUUUGAUGCGAAAAUGAUGUUGUAUUGUAGUUUUCAGUUUUGAUAAAAAAAAAAAAACAUGUUUAAACUGUUUAUGUGGAUAACAAUACGUUUGCUUUGCUUUUCAUCCCUUUCUUGUGACACUGCACUGAUAUGUUCUUCACUGUGCCUUUUUAAAAUACUUUCUUAUUGUAUCUGUUUGUAGUGCAGCGGUGAAACCUCACAAAUGUUUGUUUACAUAAUAUAAAACAUUGAGGGUUCCUUCCGAUUUUACUUUACUGAGUCCCAAACGAGCAUUGAUAGCGUUUAAGACACUGAUACUGUAAAGUUUCCUUUGGGGAGAGAUGCUUUUGCCUCCAUUGAGCGCUAUAGAAAGUACAUAAAUAUUUAUUAACGAUUGAUGAAAAAGCUCAUUAUUGAAAUGAAAUCCGGAUUGCACGUGCACUGUUUACGUCAAGAAAAGGACAAAUUCUUUGACAUUUAAUUGUGAUUGUUAUAGAAUAUCAAUCAGAUUGUAGCUAUCAGUUGCCUUGUCACUUCAUUCUUGUCAUGGAGAAUCCACAUUGUGUGACUUAGAUCCACCGCUAUUAGCCUUGUUCCCACUAUCUGGGGAGAAGCGAUGCACUCCGAUACAGUGCAGGUCACUUGUGUUUUAUCGUUACGGCGUGAGAUACGGCUCUGUUUACUGGUGGCAAGCGCGUGACACAGCGUCCAUGCUGUUCCCCGGAAGGAUAAAAUAACAGGACCUCGAUGGCCAGCAAGAUAAAAGUAGAAGCAGAAUAAAACUCCAUUCUUUGGCCUGAGUUCACAAGCAAAUUGGGUCUAAUCUUCACUCAUUUAUCAGGCUUUUGUAAUCCUUUACAUAGCAGGGUACUGAUUGACAUAAAGUUAUAUUAUUACCUUUCCUGACAGCUUUACAAUCCCCCCCCCUCUUUCCGUCUUUUUGAUGUGCUCUGAAACACAACAUGGAUGUCCCCAACUGACAUUUGGCAUAACUCCACCAUGUGUCACUGUUAAGACGAGACGUUUCUGAAUGAUUGACAUCUGGAAACCAUUUCUUAUUAGAGGAGCUUGCUAUAAUUUUGUUUUCCAUUGCCUUCUGGAUAACAAAAAAAAGAAAAUUGCGGCAGGAACAAUGAGAUUCAGCGACUGCUCCUGAUUGAAUUGAUAUAAUGGCUUUUGAUUGCCAUAUAGUUGUCUGACUGUAAAUGCAGCAUGCAAGCAAGCAAGUGCAUUCAUUAUAUGCCAUUGUUUGGAUUCUGUGUUGGUACAUAAAACCACACUUGGGGGUUGCAUUUGAGCAGAACAUAUCAAGAUAUUAUGCAUUUUUAAUUGAGAUGGACACAGUGCAAAUGUCCAUGAUAUGGGGACGUGUGAUUCAAAUGGCAUAUGAGCUGACACGUUUAUGUGCGAGUGUAUAUGUGGAUUUUGUGCUUGACUCACUGUUGCCUCUCACUCCACUUGUUCUUCAGAAUUAACUGUAGGUGUCAGACGAUUAGGUUUUUGGGAAAGCACCGUUAAACCUCUGUAACGUGUACUUACAAACACAUGGUUGUCUGUGACUCAAAACAGAUACUGAUGUUAGUCAGGGAAACAUGCACCCAAACCUGUUUUAAUAGAUCUUGGAAAUAACGAAACCACAUGCAGCUGUGAAGAGAUUUUUAAUCCAAGUGACUAACUGAAGCACUGUUUGUUUGUUGCACAUUGACUAUUGUAUAGUGCAGACAACUGUCUAAAGGUAAUAAUCUAGCAACACAUGUCACACUGGGCUGCACAGGUUAAAUGGUUGCCUUUAUUUGUUUUUGCUAGGGAGAUAUUUUCAGAUUUGAAUGAGCCACACAAGGGCUAUUUCGUUAUUUAAAUGGGAUGCUAAUUCAAUCAGAUAGAUGCUGGAGGAGGAACACAAAAGUGAUGAAAUAUCGGUAGAACUUGGGUAUGAAGACAGCCAGCUGGGUUUUUGUAUCAGUGUCUCGUGCCUUGUCAGUUGGGUGAUUGUGUUCCAUCAGUUUCAUUUUCUCUUAUGGUUCUCUGCCGUAUCACUUGUGUGCGUACGUGGGUGUGUCCCUUUAUUGACAUGUUCUGGGAGAGCGCCAACUGGGGACAUGUGUCUGCGUCUCCCUCACUAGGUCAUGGCUGCCACAGCUAGAAGCUAGAUCUUCACACUCAAAAGGACUUUUUUGGCAUUCAGACCAUCUGAUCUGUGAGCUAAACGGAUUAGAAGUGAGUCACUUAUUCAGCUUUAAUUAUUUAUUUGUGAAAAUAAAUGUUUUUUCUCACAUUCAAUCCAUAUUUGGACACAUGUUUAAAUUGAAAACAUCCUACUCAUUUUUAAUAAAAAAGUUGCCUCAUAAAUAACUGUUAUAUCACAUCACAGAAAUAUUGAUUUACAUUGUAAUCUUGACCUACAUCUUUAUUGCAUUGCAGUGAUUAUACAAGUACCACAAAUUAGGUUAAGUUCAUUGGUCUAACUCUCUCCCUCUUGUUU